AUGGUUCGUCCCGAGGGUAUAAAAAAAAUUGCUUUAAAUUUUUUUUUUGACAAUCGUCAACUAAACGGUGUGCCGAUUAUAACAAGGGGGGGCGAAGAUGACAAAAUUGAUACGAAAUGUUCGAAAAAUAAAUUUUGGACGAGUAAAGUUGACGGUGUCGCGAAAAUAACAAAAGGAAAUUCGGAAUCGAACGAUGAUAUCGAUAUAUCGCAACAACCCGUUUGCGUCGAAUCGAACGUAAAAACCUUUUUUAGUAAUUUAUUAAAAUUUUCGUUGAAAAAAUUAUACGGGUCGGAAGAUGCGGGAACGGAUACUAAUCAAAAAAACCAAGAAUCCAUUUCCGGUCAUCUAACGGAAGAAGAACAACAGGAACAAGGAGAAGAAGAAAUGGGUAAUUUACAAACGGGUGAUAGUCGUAGGGCUAAUAAAGACGGCGGCGGCGGCGGCGGUAAAAGUCCGGCGAAAAAAAAGACUGGUUUCCUAUUGAAAAAAACAUUGGUUAAAGAUUCGAAGUCGACGCCGACAUCGACGGUGUCGCCGCCGCCGCCGGUGCCGGUGCCGCUGCCGUCGCAGCAGCAGCAGCAGCCGACGACGUCGACGAUUCAAAAUUUAGCCGAAACCGAUACGAAAUCAACAUCGAUUAAAAAAGUUAAAACCGAAGAUGAAUAUUUGAAUAUUACAUGUCGAGAAGAAGAAAAAGCAGAAGAGAAAAAAGUUGUUUCGCCCGAGGAUAUCGUGGGAGCCGAUGAUCCAACCGUGACCGGACCUAACGGAAAUGUGAACUCAGUGGAGGUUGAUCCGGCGGCACAGACGGCCGUGAACAUGAUUUCCGAUGUUAACUACUAUAUCAGGUCCGAAUCGUCGUGGAACCAACAGGUUUCCUCAACAUACGAUAAUAAUAAUGACCCAUUGACUCAUAAAAAAUUAUCACCGGAAAGCCGCGAAUCGAGUUCCGAAAGCAUAUUUACGGAUUCUUUGACUCCGAACGGUUUCGCCGCACUCGUUAACGCUAAAAUAUCGGAGGAGGAUCAUCAAAAUCAUCGUAAUCAUCAUGGGAUUGUCGACCGAUCCGAAAGUUCGACGACAUCGAAAACAUCGACCCUAUCUCAGAGACAAGAAACCGAAGAUUUCGAGAGAACGUCUUCUCUCGAAGACGUCACUCUCAUCGACGAACAACUCACGGACACGGAAGAAGAUUCCGCAACUCUUGGUCCCGACAAACCCGAACGUGAUCCGAACGAUUUGUCAGAGGGUGGCAUUUCGAAUGCGUCUGCACCGUGUCAAAGGCCAACGUCAUUCACUCUUCACAAGCACAAGAAAGUCGAUUUGGAACCUCUCACGAGUAAGUACAUGCUCAUGCUCACGCACACUCACGCACACGCACAUUACAAAUAA